AUCAGAUUGCAUUAUGGAGUGGUUCAUCCGCUGUGAGAGCGGCGAUCAUAUAAAAAUUCCAGUAUUAUAAAAACAUGCCUUUUAUAAUACCCCACGAAUUCGUUUCGUCCCGACUACAUCAUGUGUGAUUUUAUUGUAAACACAGAAAGGAAAGGGUAAGGGGCUCUAAGCGUUGAAAGUAUUGUCUCGCGAGUGGACUUAGAGGUUAUGUCGCACGUGAGAUUUAUGUUAACCUGCUUACGGUGACACUUGAGGAUCAUGAUGCACGAAACGAACGAGAAAAAGCCAGAGAAACCCUGUCGCGCUUGUAUGGACUUCCAGACAUGGGCGAAACGCCAGAUGGAAGCCUUCUCGGAAAAGGAACAAAAGAAAUCGGAGCAAACAUCAAAUGCAAACAACAUUCGACAGAGUUGUCCUUUGGACAAAGACGAAUUGGGUUCGAAGACUUGGGCUUUUUUGCAUACCAUGGUGGCAUACUAUCCUGAUCAUCCAAAUGAGAAACAAAAGGCUGACGUGAACAGCUUCUUUGAUACAUUUUCCAAAUUCUAUCCUUGCAAUAUAUGCGCAGAAGAUCUGCAGAAACAAUUUAAACACUCGCCACCGCAGACCGAAUCGCAGGAAAAAUUGAGCCAAUGGCUGUGCAGAAUUCAUAACGAAGUCAACAAGAAACUUGGAAAACCAGAAUUUGAUUGUAAACUAGUGAAUCAGAGAUGGAGAGAUGGUUGGUUAGAUGGUUCUUGUGAUUGAUAAGUAGCUAUAAUAGUCUUAGAAUGUACAAUGGGACCUGAAUACAAUACGAAUUAUUGUGUAAAUAAUUAUUGUAGAUUUUUUCAUUGAACAAUCUAUUGCUCUUAAAUUUGUUGGUACAAUGUACAUAAGAAAAUAUGAAAAUGAAAAUUAAUAGCAAUAUAUGUACUUAAAAAGCUUUCCAUGUUCAGCUUUUUUUCUGCGGGGUAAAUUUACUUUAAAGUAAGAAGUAGGAACGAAAUUGCAUCAUACUUUAUUAUAAACAUCUUCGUGACAAGAGAAAAAUUGUAUAGAUUCAGAACUUACAUACAAACGUUUGCCAGUGGCAAUUUGAUAUUGUUAACAUUAUUAUUUGAAUUGGGAUUUUCUUGAUAGACACAAUGCAGAAAUGUGCACAUUGUUGCAUUGCACUAUAUAUGAUAAAAAAUAUAUUGACAAUA